UUGCUUUUUUUCUUCUAUUUAAAGUCACUAGUUUCGUUUCCACUUACAGCAUCUGCGUUUACAGCGUUGAGUCUACAUGGGUCAUGUAACGUUCGCGUCAUCGGCAAUUUGGCAAUCGUAGCGAAGCCGAUCGGUAACGCAGGCACCGAAGAUGUCCCUCUACAAUCUGCUGUUGGUGAUUUUUGGUGUGGAAUUGAAAAAGUGGGUGAAGAAGUACCGGUGGAGUACGGUGAAUUUACGAGACUUCGUGAUGGAAAGAUUUUCGAAGCGACAAUCAGCGAUCGUCGAGCAAAGUUGCAUUUUGGCACGGCACCCGCUACAGUUGCCGGUAAGUACAUGUGCGAAGUGCGUGGUAGUGACGGCGAACUGCUAAGGGGAUAUCUAUUUCUUUAUUCACCUCCUAUACUUCAACUUCCAAGCCGCUCAAUUUUUUACGAGGUCCUACUGUCUCGACCCCCAAAAGUCGUGGGCGAAGCCAGAACAGCCAGAGAAGGCGACCGUGUCGAGCUUCGUUGUCCGGUAUUCGGAUACCCUCAGCCACAUGCGAUGUGGCAGAAAAAUGGGACUGAUAUAGAAGUCUCAUACAUUGCCGACAACCUUAUAUUAUCUAAAGUUAGUAGGAGAGCGAAUGGAGUCUACACGUGUAUUGCCGACAACUCAUUUCCGAUGUUCGUCGACGGGCCAUCAAUGCCACAUCAACUGAUUUAUGAGCAAAAACUCAAUGUUCUUCCAUAG